AUGGAAUCGGUUGAAAUUUCCGCUAGCAGUAUUAAUGUUGAUAUAUUUGAUCUUGAAUGUAGUGGAUUUAAUUCAAUCUAUGGAACUAAUAUUAUUAAAUUAACAGUUGAUGGUAGUAGUAAAUUUCAUGGUUUUGAUUUACGAACUAAAAUAGCUCAUAUAAUUAUCCAUGGUAAUUGUUAUGGUGAAAUCAAUUGUAAUCAAACAACAACUGUCUAUAUUUCCAAUGAUAAUGACGGAGGAGCAAUUAAAUACAAGGAUAAUCCAAGUAUAAUUCGAUCUCUCGAUUCAACAGGAGAAACUAUUCAAAAAAUUGAUUGGCAUUAUCUUUUAUUCUAUAGAAAUAAACCUGAAAUUGAAAGAUAA